AUGCUAAACCGCGUACUUACUAAUAAAUAUGGAUUUUUAGUUCAUCUUAGGAGAUUUGUUCAUUUGAACGAUAAAUCUUUUGAUGGAGCAUCCAAAUUGUCUUCCAAAAAGUGUCAUACCCACGAUGUUUCAAUUUGUAAUGCGAGCAGUAUUCUAAAUGACUCGGAUAUUGAUAGAAUUAAUAAUCUGUCAUUCUUCAAUAACAUCAGUACGACAAAAGAGACAGAUACUAAGGAAGGCGCAUUGCUGAAUGAAAAAUUGGCAAAUGUUAUAAAAUUGUUUGGAAUGGAUUCUGAAAAUCCUGAGUUUUUGAAUUACAGGUUCCCUAGAGGCCUAGAAAAGCCAUAUACUGAUAUUCAAUUAAACCAGCUAAAGAAAGAAAGAUUGUCUGUCACACAAUUAUGUACCACGCAAAAUUGGUGCGAACUAAGAAAUUUCUAUGAUUUCUAUUCGCAGAAUUGGUCGAAUCGGUUACUGAACUUAAAAUCCCAGGUACAGACUGGUAAGAGGAUCCACAAGUCAUUGGAAGACGAGACGCACCCAGAAUUUAAUCAAUAUAAUAGUUUUAUUCACGAUUUUCUUUCAUUGACUAAAUUGAGUAUGAAUAUUGAAGACGAUAUGGAUGCUUUAUUAGACAACUGGUUUAAUUCUAUUAGUAGGUUAAUUUCGUUAUUCACCAAAGGCAACGGUCAUGCAAGAGAAAUAAUUUGUCAUGGAUUCAUCAAUUUCCAAGAUUCAAAGUUGGUAAGGAGUUUUCCAAACAAUAUUAAUGACACAAAAGAAAAUGUAUUAAUAUCCGGUAUUAUUGAUCACUUGACUCUUAGAAGUAAGCAUAGUCACCAAGUGCAGAAACGCUCGACGCAUCUUGAUACAAAAAACCAAAGUUGGGGUAGCAUCCUUGCUGAAUUACUAUUAGACAUGGAAAACCUAAAAUCUAAUAACGAAAUUGUUAUCUCUGAUAUCAAAACGAGGUCAAUACCCAAACUUCCUUCCAUUCGAUCGGUUAUAGAAUCAUCUAAAUUACAGACGAUGUACUAUAAGUUUUUUCUCUUCCAUCUUAGUCAAGACAUGACGCAGACCUACCACAGCUUUUUAAGUAACGCCCAGAGAAGAGGGCUCGAUCUCGAUGCCCCUAUAAACUCCACUAAAGUCUUAACUUUUAUAUUAACAAACCCGCUUUUUGCUAAUGAUGUAAAGAGCCUCCUGUAUGGACAACCAAUAAACCACGUUUCCUUUGAUAAUGAUACUGGCAUCAAAGACUGCAGUAUAUUCGACAUGACAGCGUUCAAUGAUUUGCUAGACCGAGGACCCACAUCUUUCAUUUUGCCAACAGAGCAGGAAGAAGACGACCUGGAGCCAGUAGGACGUGUAUCUUUGCAUGACUAUAAGGAUUUUUUUACGAAAUGGAAGACUCCUCUAACUCUUAAGUAUUUCGCAGCAAGAUUGUCACAGAUUUAUUAUAUUGUUGGUAAACUCGUUUCGAAUGACCUAAUGAUCGAAUAUUAUUAUCAUAACGAUAACUUUCACAACAUCCUCUUCCCAUACGAUUCACUGAAAUUAGAAACACAUGCUCAUGAUUCUGCAAUGGUAUGGUUUGGCCAUAGAGAUAUGAAUCCACCUGAACCCACUCAAAAAAAUUUUAACACUUAUUGUAAAUUUUGUGAUUACAGACACGUUUGCUCCUGGAAAAAUAAAAACGAAUUGAAACUCAAUGACCUAGGGAAUGAAUUGAAAAAGAUAAUUCUUGAAUUGAGUAAGAAUUGA